AUGAAGUUAUACUCUGCACUGCCGGUUGGUCUGCUCUUCGUGGUCCAAGGUCGCGGACAAGACAUAAACGACACGUCUUCGGACCCACUCCCACUUCCACAAAACUAUGGCGUCGUCCUCUUCCCAGCCUUCCAAGCCCUCGAUGUCUUCGGACCGCUUGACAUCCUGAAUCUCUUAUCCAUCUCCCAGCCUCUGAAUCUCGCGGUCCUCGCACCGACACUCGACCCAGUAUCCACCAAGCCUCGUAUGACCACCCACGCCAACAGCAACUUUAGUCAAUCCAUCAUACCUACACACACCUUCGACAACCCUCCCUCCGACCUCGAGGUGCUCAUCGUACCAGGAGGUAUCGGGACACGGGCCCCAUCUCCGGAGCUCGACGCACACGUCGCGUUCAUCAAGGAAACAUACCCGAAGCUCCGUUACCUCGUUGGCGUUUGUACAGGCGUCGGACUGAUGUCCCGCACAGGAAUUCUUGACGGAAAGAAGGCGACGGGGAACAAGAGGUCGUGGGCGUGGGUUACAGCACAGAGCAACAAGGUGCAUUGGAUCGCGCAUGCACGGUGGAUCAGGAGCGGGAACAUCUGGACUACGUCAGGCGUGGCUGCAGGAAUUGAUGGGAUGUUCGACUUUGUGAAGACGGUGUAUGGUGAGGAGGUCGCGCUGAAUUUGGCGAAUGGGCUCGAGUAUGAGAGGGAGUUGGAUUGGCAAAACGACCCGUUCGCGACACUGUACAACUUGACGGAUGUUCUGCCUGUACCCUAA